AUGGGUCGUCUGCCGGGGCCCAACGCGCUGAGGCCGAUGCGGAACAUGGCAUGUCACUCAGGGGCAUCAACUGGUCGUGUUCAGUGUCGAGCUGCAGUGGAGUCCGAUUCCUCUGAUGAACGCAAUAAAGCAAUCUCAGGGGCGGACCCAGAAGGGACAGUAGGAACUGCCGGCGAGGACAGCGCUUGUCGAAUGGAUACACAUCUCAGCCCAGGCAGGUUAAGCCCUGGCCAGCCGGGGGAUGAGGACGACAUGCUGGACGACACCCUGCCACCACUAAAUAUCCCGGUUAAACUGGUGCGCGUGUCGGAUCUUCCUUGGCCCAAGCCGCUGCAAGAUAGGGAAGGGAACCAGCAGCAGGAGCAGCUGGUGUGUCAUGGUGCGGAAGGGGUCAUGAAGGGUGCAACCGAUACACCGGCCAUGGCAACAGUGCAUCGUCCAGGUGCAGGCAACACGACUAACACAAACAAGACAGCCGGUAGCAAUUCAACUGGCUUCAUGAAAAGCGAAGUGGCGGCGGCGAUGGCCGUAAGGCGGCUUCCGACAGUGGUGCUGCUGCAACGAGAUCCACCGAACUGUGUGAGCACGGCGAGCACUGGAGUGGGCUUCCUGUUUCUCGCUUGUUGGUUUCAGUGCCUGGCGCCUCCAAGACUGGACCUAGCCUGGCGAACCACGGACAGCUGUACGCAGUGCACUUGCAGCUCCGGCCUGUCCGGCUGGGGCCUGCCCAUGAGCCCUACCCAACACGGCAUAGUGCUACCGCUGCUGGCCGCGAUGCAGGCUCAUUUGCUGGGGAAACUGGCGGCGUUGGCUGCGCGGCUGCGCAAGAAGGCCACAAGCUCCGCUACGAUAUGGAGUCAGAGUUGAACUACGACGGAUUUGAGGGAGCGUGCGAUGGUUGCCAUGAGUGGAAUGGUCUUUCCAUGCAGUUCCUGGCAGGCCUAUUUUCUUAAUGCCCAUAUCAAAGAGUGUACAGGGGUGCUGUCAGGUGCCCCAGGAAAUAUU